GUGUAGUUCAUAACAUAAAUAACGGGAAUAAAUUAAGUUUUUUACGGACCUAAUAAGACAUAUACACACAUACAUACAUAUGUAUGUACAUGUGUAUAUUUGCAGAACAGAAAUUAUCCGUGCGGUGAAAAUUUAUGUAAAUACUUGUGAAGAGAAUUAUUUGUACUGCAAGUAAUUAGUUGUAAUAUUAAUGUGAGUUAGAGUGCGCCUAAAAUUCCGGCGGCGCGGAUAAAUAUCCAGAUUCUUGCAAAUAGAGCGCGAAUAAGUUUAUUUUGAAUGUGAGUGCUGAAAAUUGUUAUUUCAAAAUGAUCCUCAACAUUUUCAAUUCCAUAAACUGAUGAAAUGACGACCCGUUUUUGCAAACUGCUCAUUUUAGCCGCUAUACUCUAUCAAACGUCUCUAGCUGAUAUACCCAACUGCGUAUUCGAAGACACUGUCGUCUUAACCGCUAGUACCAAAUUUGCCAAUGGAUCGUACCUCUAUGAAGGGCUGUUGGUGCCGCCACAUCUAACAGCCGAAUAUGACUAUAUUGAGCUCUUCGAAGGCGAGCGUAAGCCUGUGGAGCGGCAUGUACGCGGUUGUGUGUGUAAGAUCAAGCAAUGUGUGAAGUUUUGCUGUCACCCAAGAGCGGAUAUGUAUCAGACAAGCGCGACUGCCACGCCCCAAUGUGAAGAAGUACUUAAUGAGGAGCUCAAAUACUCGCCACUUUUGAAUGUAACAUUGCGAAACAGCAGUCGGGUCGUGAUGCAUCUGCUGGAUGAGUUUGUGGUGCAGCAGGGGAUACCAUGCGAAGGUGGCUAUAUGUUAAUGCCACAUGUAUACGAAGAUGAUCAGUGGGAGUUAUUUGAGAACGGCACAUUGUUGCGCGUCGGCGAUGCGAAAUAUUUCUCGAGGCGAGAUUAUUGCUUGCAGGCCUAUAAUACGAGUGAAGAGUUUGUGUUGAAUCCGAUGAAUUGUCCGGUUGUUUAUGAAGAGCCAGCAACGCUCAUGCUCAAUACGAUAAUCAUGCUGAUUUCGGCACCAUUUCUUUAUGUCACCAUCCUGAUCUAUUGGCUCAUACCGGAAUUGUGGAACUUACAUACGAAAUGCUUGAUUUGUUAUCUACUUUCGUUAGCUAUUGGCACGACGCUCAUUGUUGUGGUCAAUAUGCAGUAUUCAAAUUUAGAAACUUUUAAUUGCGCUAUAAUCGGUUUCGUGACAUACUUCUUCCUAACUGCCGUUUUCUUCUGGCUAAAUGUGAUCUGCUUCGAUCUUUGGCAAAACUUCCGUAUGACCCAAGGUGCAGUGCGAAACUUAACACAGCGUAAACGGUUUCUUUACUACUCACUCUAUGCUUGGGGCAUGCCAGCGCUGAUGACAAUAAUAACAGCCAGUUUGCAAAGUUCAAAUUUACCACAAGGACUCAAGUCGGGCAUUGGAAAUACGCACUGUUGGUUGAAAAUUGAAGACUGGUCAGCGAUGAUCUAUUUCCAUGGACCCUGCCUACUGCUGAUUAUCUUCAAUAUCGUCAUAUUUUUCCUUACGGCCAAUAAAAUCUAUGAAAUACGUAAAGAGCUGCAACAUUUUUCACGCGGCGACUGCAGCCAAAGGCAUUUGCGUUCGCAGCAAAAUAAUAAAAAUUUGCUGAAAUCUUUCAGUGUAUGGCUCUUCUUUCGCAUGUUCAUUGUAAUGGGUAUUGGCUGGUUGCUGGAGAUUAUCAGUUAUAUGGUUGGCAAUAACAGUAAAUAUGCUCUGCUCUUUACGUUCACCGAUGUCUACAACGCCUCACAGGGGCUGAUCAUAUUCAUAUUGCUGGUUGUGAAAAAGAAGGUGCUAUUGCUGAUAAAGAAAAGCUUUCAACUAGAAGAUUUACGAAGUCCAGCACGACCGCCAUGGAGUUAUCCAAUGCUGAAAGUCGAUGGAAACUUCGGAACUGAAAAUCAAAUCAAUCAUGAGGAGUCGAGAGGGUAACUGCAAAACAUUCGAAUAAAAAUAACGGUAACCGUGGGUAUUAAUAUUUUAUAGUAAAAUAAGGUUUAAAGAUAAGGCACCGGUUUGUCGAAGCCCAAAAGCAUCCAAGCAAACGCGUGUCCGCCAAAACCAUUCACCAAAGAACAGUAAAUAUUUUUAAGUACUUAGUUUUUACCAAAUGCCAGUAUAUAGUAUAUGACAAGAAGUGGUUACAUGAUGUUGCCACUUUGAACAAUCAUAAUUUUGUAUUAAUAUUCGAAGAUUAAUAAUAUCAAGACUAUAUUUUAUACAUUUUUUAUAUUAAUAUUUAAAAGUACAAAUACACUCAUAAACUAAAGCUGUCUUCGAUUCGCCAAACCUUGAAAAGUGACGAAAGAAGCAAUAAAUCAUAUAUGGCAUAAAGAAAGAUAAUACUCUAAUUAGAUGCCCUCAUACAUUUCUGUAUAUACUUGUAAGGAUGUUAUUUUUGUUGCUUUCAAAUAUAAAUUUUUUGAACGUGAAUGCCGAAUUCUAAUAGAGAGAACUUAACAUAGAUCAGGCAAAUCGAAAACGGUUUUUAUCAUUUGAAUAUAUGUAGGCAUAUAUGUAUGUUUUUCUCUCAGUGUAUACAUAAAACAUUUAAUUUAUUAUAAA